AUGAUGAUGAUGAUACCGCUUGAAAAUAGCACAUUAGGAAAAGAAAUUAAUGUUCUGUUAAACUUCUUCGUAGCAGAUGUUCAUAGAAUGGACGAAAAGAAAAAACAUAAAAAAAGUCAAUUUUUUCUUCCAAAUCAGAUAGCAGGAAAAUUCAACCUGUGCAUGAAGUUAUUUCGUGAACAAUCAUAUCAGAGGCUUAUAAAACGAAGUGAGUGA